AUGAGUGUCCAGCAGAAAGUCAUUCAAUUCGGCCUCACCGAAGUAUUCACACCUCCACAGCCGCUCGUCGAUGUAGUAUUUGUUCAUGGCUUGAAUGGCCACCCAUACAAUACCUGGGCUACGCACAAACCUACCGAAGUCUUCUGGCCCACAGAUCUCCUCCCUCCAGCGCUCGAAGACCAGAGAUGCCGAAUCCUUACCUACGGCUAUGAUGCUCAGGUCACCGCUUUCAGUGACGGAGCAUCCAAAGACAAGAUCCAUAACCACGCCGAGCAUCUUGCAAGCAGGUUGGUGGCCAAUAGAUCUCUAAAGAGAGCUCUUGAGAGGCCGAUCAUCUUUGUGUGCCACUCUCUUGGUGGUCUGGUCGUUAAGAGAAGUCUUAUCCACUCCAAGAACGUUCGAUCCGACAAGAUUGAACGACAGCGCAGCAUCUUCGUCUCAACUUACGGUAUACUCUUCCUGGGUACGCCACAUAACGGCAGCGACAUUGCGAAAUGGGGUUCACUAUUGGAGCGAAUCAGUCAUGCUGUCCUUCCGAAGAAAUUCAUGGACUCACAGCCUCACCUUGUCCAAGCACUCAAGAGCAACAACGAAACGCUCCAGAACAUCAAUCGAUUGUUCAUCGAAAUCAUUAGUCGAUACCAUGUCUACUUCUUCCAUGAGUCUAAGCCAAUGGACUUCAAAGGCUCGCUACAGUAUAUUGUGGACGAGGAUAGCGCAGCUCCUGUCAUAGAAGGCGUCGAACGUAUGGGCAUUGAGCGCGACCACAGCCACAUGUGCAAAUUCGAGUCAGAAGACGCACCCGGCUAUGAAGUUGUUGCGGAAGCCAUCCAGCGCUACGCCGAAGAUGCUCCAGGGCUCAUCAGAACUCGUUGGGAAGAAGAGCACCGGAUCCGAGAUCUCGAGAAGCGAGAAGCUGCAAGAGAGCUAUUGCGAAAUAGUCCCUCUGCAAUAGAAUCGCUGACGCCCGCCGAGUCGACACAGAUCAGCCAGGCGAGCUCCCUGGGCAAUUCAAUGGGUACGGCUCCCCCUGUUCGGUCGCUACCUCCGCCUCCCUAUACCUCCUCGGACGUCUAUGAGAUUGAGGAGGUCGAUGAUGAGCAGCCAGUCCCUGUUCAACUACGUCGCUCAGACAUUGUCAGCAAGCAGGAGUCGGCAGACGAAACGCCCGCAGGCCCUCGUGUGGUCGCUCCUUUGGGUUUCCGGCCAAACGCACACUUUGUGGGCUUUAAGGAAGAACUGCGCAAGCUCCACCGACGCCUCCAGCAAGAGCGCCGGCGCGAUAUUGGUACAUGUUCUGUUGUCGUUUGGGGUGAGGUGGGCUGUGGUAAAACACAUCUGACUCGACAAUACUUCUACAAGCACCGCAGUGAUUAUCCAGCAGGUUCAUUCUGGGUCGAUUGCAGAAGCACCGAAACAAUCGCGAAAGGCGUGUGGGAUAUCGGAAUCAGCAUCGGUGCUCUAAAUCGCGACUCUGACAACAGGACAAUCCCUCCUGGCCCCGAUGAUUUCGCAGAAUCCGUCAGAGCGCGCCUGGAGUCUAUGGAAGGCUGGCUCAUGGUUUUCGACGGCGUUCUACUGGAAACCGACGAGUCAUUUGAUGCCUUCAGGAGAUUUCUACCAGAUCGCACCGGUAAUUGCAUUAUCUUCACCUCUGUUGAUCGAGCAUUGGUGCACAGGAACAGACUCUUGCACCCAUCUGGACUCAAAGUUGGCAAACUAUCGGUGACUGAUGCAACGACACUGCUAUACCAGAACCUCGGCAUUCGUCAACCCACCAACCUACAGCAAGAGAAAGCUCUUGAACUUGUGAAGGAUAACGACUAUCUACCUCUUGCCAUCUAUGCCACAGCGCAUGCUUUGAUCGAACGCGGCAAGUCCUUGGAACGCUACUCACACACGACGGCAGAUCAACGACUGAUCCGUCCGUUUCUGGAGAUCGUCACAGGCCUGCAGGAUCAAGGUCGGGUUGAAGCUGUCAACUUGGUCAACAUUCUGUGCUUCUUUACACACCAUAUCCCAGUUGCAUUAAUAAGAUUCGGAUACAAAGGUCUGUUUGCACCACCCUACGCGAUCGAUGUCCAGUCGCCCAGGUAUGGGAAUAGCACGCGCAAAGACUUGGAGAGCUCCAUCUCGAUACUCUUACGCAGUGGUCUGUUGGAGCGAACACUCCAGACAUGGACAACCUCUGGCUCAUCAUCGCCCGAAGACCGUCGGUCCGUGAAGACCGCCCACCUUGCUCAAAAGCGGCUACCUGGUACAGAGCUCACGACUACUCCCAAUGGAAGGCACCCACCACCAGGUGGAAUAUCCACCAAGCGUUCGAUCACGAUCAGAACCAUGGAGAACACGCCUCCAACGACUCUACCAGAUGACUCGAGUGGCCUGGACGAGCUCAUGCUGGGUCGCUUCGAGUCUAGGGGCACUCGAAAGCAUGACUACUGGUGGUGGCUAUGCGCUGCUGUACGGCUACUCGUCUCAUCAUUUGCCACUGCAAGCGAGAAGAUGCGAAUGUCGAGCGGUCCAGGUCUAGUCCGAGACUAUCGCGAGUAUGAGGCACAAGCGGCGCGCCUCUUCCAGCAUUUCCCGAAGACUUCCCUUAAUGCAACAGCAGAGCUUCGGCAAGCUAGACACGACAUUCGCGACCUGUUGAAGACUGUCAAGCACGAAAUUCGGGGGCAAUCUCUGUCGAGCUCCUCUGAGCUCAGCUUCUCCAGGCAGUACCAGGGUUCUGUAUUCGAAAAGGCGUCCAAUUCGUCGCAGGAGACGCAAUCCUUCACCACGACACUUAGCCCUGCUUCAACCUGGAGCUUAGAGCCAGAGCGUCCUCCUUCAGAAUCACCCACACAUAUGCACCAUACUCAGACCCAGAUCGAGGAUGAUGCUCUAGGCGGCGCGUCAGAUCCUGCUUGGGAGGAUGCACUGCUCUCUGACACAGAAUCGUGGCCCAUAUCUGACACCACCGAGAUACCUCGCUCGCCUCAAUCGCGCCGAAGCUCGGUGUUGCAUGCAAUUUUGGAAGGGAAACCGCGCCUCAAGCAACGGAAGGACCUGGGAGAAUUCCACGAGUGGAAAGCGCUACCGGUCCCCCCGAGCAUCAGUCAGCCUGAGCUCGCCUUCGAGCAACGCAACGGACGUCAAUCCACAAGCUCAGAUGCAGAGGCGGCCCUGGCGCUGGUUCACAAAGCAAGUCCUCCGCCAUCAAGGGAAGGCGGCCGGUUGCGCUCUACUAGUCGCGGCAGCACUGACCGGCCACCACUCGCAAUCAGGUCACCAAAUACUCCUCUCUCACCUUUGGCUGCUACUUUCCAACCAGGGCUUCCUGCAUCAAUGAGUCGACCUGCUAGCAAGACUCAGACGCGUAACCCAUCAUCGUCACCAAGACUUGUGCAGGCUCUUCUGAACAGCCAAGCGAGUGGCAGAGCAAGAUCGGACUUGCCACCUCUUCAAGUCGAAAGCAUCCACGCGACCCACUCUCAGGUCCAACUUCCUCACAGAUCCUCCUUGCGUGUGAGUCCGGGCACUGCUGCUCGCGAUGCGACACAGCUUCGUGUGCCUACCGGCUACCAAUCUGUCCCCAUGUCCCGAGACGCGUCAAGAGAAUCAGAACCGUCUCAGUCGGUCGCUACCAGCAGUCAUGCGAGUGCUAUGGCUCCACAUCGAGCGUUCAGCGAUCCUCAUGUGCUCGGCUUCGACCCACCCUCAAACUUUGGCUUCACUGGAGUACCUCUGGGACAUCCAGACAGUCUCGAUUUUGGACGAGUUGAAGAAUGGGCAAACCUUCCGCCGGUCCAGCCGGAGAUGUAUAAUCAGACCUUUCAAGGUCUAUCGAUCAAUGAGAACAUUCACUACGCCGCCUCCUCGAGGGAACCGCUCCGUCCUGGGGCGUCCGUACAGUUCGGCAGCAUGGAUCCGCUCAGCAUCGGCGAUGCCAGAGCGAGAGCGAGUCUUGCGCGAGAGGCGAGCAAUGAGCGAGCUCGAGGCCGCAGUCGUGGGUCUCAGAGCAGGCAUUCUCGAGGUCAUGGAAGUCAAGACAGCAGCCACUCUGGAGGUUCUGGCCUUUAG